GGAGGGCGGAGCCCAGGAGGCGGAGGCGGGAGCAGAGCAGGAUUGCCGCACCGAGCCUCCGGGUCGCCCGAGACCAUUCCCCUCACCUGCUGCCCUUCCCGCCCCGCCCGCCUUCCCGGUUGCCGCCCCCACACCGGGAGAGGCGCCAGCCCGGCGCCGCCGCUUGGCGAGCCGCUCCCGCGAGCCCGCGGAUGCUGCUGCUAGGGGUGGUGGGCGCAUCCGCGGGUCGCGUGGCCGGGAGCGGGGGUGACGGCCUGGGAUUCCGGGGGCCUCUCUUCUUGUCCUCCUCUCCUCUCUCUUCCCAGUGUGGCCGUGGCUGACACUAAAGACUUUGUAGCCAUCAACCCAAGUGCAGUUUCGAUGGAAGAUGAAGGUUGCACGUUUUCAAAAAAUUCCUAAUGCUGAAAAUGAGACAAUGAUUCCUGUACUGACAUCAAAAAAAGCAAGUGAAUUACCAGUCAGUGAAGUUGCAAGCAUUCUCCAAGCUGAUCUUCAGAAUGGUCUAAACAAAUGUGAAGUAAGUCAUCGGAGAGCCUUCCAUGGCUGGAAUGAGUUUGAUAUCAGUGAAGAUGAGCCACUAUGGAAGAAGUAUAUUUCUCAGUUUAAAAAUCCCCUUAUUAUGCUGCUUCUGGCUUCUGCAGUCAUCAGUGUUUUAAUGCAUCAGUUUGAUGAUGCUGUCAGUAUCACUGUGGCAAUACUUAUCGUCGUUACAGUCGCCUUUGUUCAGGAAUAUCGUUCAGAAAAAUCUCUUGAAGAACUGAGUAAACUUAUGCCACCAGAAUGCCAUUGUGUGCGUGAAGGAAAAUUGGAACAUACACUUGCGCGAGACUUGGUUCCAGGUGAUACAGUUUGCCUUUCUGUUGGGGACAGAGUUCCUGCUGACUUGCGCUUGUUUGAGGCUGUGGAUCUUUCCAUUGAUGAGUCCAGCUUGACAGGAGAGACAACACCUUGUUCUAAGGUGACAGCUCCUCAGCCGGCUGCCACUAAUGGAGAUCUUGCAUCAAGAAGUAACAUUGCCUUCAUGGGAACACUGGUCAGAUGUGGCAAAGCAAAGGGUAUUGUCAUUGGAACAGGAGAAAAUUCUGAAUUUGGAGAGGUUUUUAAAAUGAUGCAAGCAGAGGAAGCACCAAAAACCCCUCUGCAGAAGAGCAUGGACCUCUUAGGAAAACAACUUUCCUUUUACUCCUUUGGUAUAAUAGGUAUCAUCAUGUUGGUUGGCUGGUUACUAGGAAAAGAUAUCCUGGAAAUGUUUACUAUUAGUGUAAGUUUGGCUGUAGCAGCAAUUCCUGAAGGUCUUCCCAUUGUGGUCACAGUGACUCUAGCCCUUGGUGUUAUGAGAAUGGUGAAGAAAAGGGCUAUUGUGAAAAAACUACCUAUUGUUGAAACUCUGGGUUGCUGUAAUGUGAUUUGUUCAGAUAAAACUGGAACCCUGACGAAGAAUGAAAUGACUGUUACCCACGUAUUUACUUCGGAUGGCCUGCGUGCUGAGGUUACUGGAGUUGGCUACAAUCCAUUUGGGGAAGUGAUUGUUGAUGGUGAUGUUGUUCAUGGAUUCUAUAACCCAUCUGUUAGCAGAAUUGUUGAGGCGGGCUGUGUGUGCAAUGAUGCUGUUAUUAGAAACAACACUCUAAUGGGGAAACCAACAGAAGGAGCCUUAAUUGCUCUUGCAAUGAAGAUGGGUCUUGAUGGACUUCAACAGGAUUAUAUCAGAAAAGCUGAAUACCCUUUUAGCUCUGAGCAGAAGUGGAUGGCUGUUAAGUGUGUGCACCGAACACAACAGGACAGACCAGAGAUUUGUUUUAUGAAGGGUGCUUAUGAACAGGUGAUUAAGUAUUGUACUACAUAUCACAGCAAAGGGCAGACCUUGACACUCACCCAGCAGCAGAGAGAUCUGUACCAACAAGAGAAGGCCCAGAUGGGCUCUGCAGGGCUCAGAGUUCUUGCUUUGGCUUCUGGUCCUGAAUUGGGACAACUGACGUUCCUUGGCCUGGUGGGAAUCAUUGAUCCUCCUAGAACUGGUGUGAAAGAAGCUGUUACAACACUCAUUGCCUCGGGAGUGUCAAUAAAAAUGAUUACUGGAGACUCACAGGAGACUGCAAUUGCAAUCGCUAGUCGUCUGGGAUUAUAUUCCAAAACCUCCCAGUCAGUCUCAGGAGAAGAAAUAGAUGCGAUGGAUGUCCAGCAGCUUUCACAGAUGGUGCCAAAGGUUGCAGUAUUUUACAGAGCUAGUCCAAGGCACAAGAUGAAAAUUAUUAAGUCUCUGCAGAAGAACGGGUCAGUUGUGGCCAUGACAGGAGAUGGAGUAAAUGAUGCAGUCGCUCUGAAGGCUGCAGACAUUGGAGUUGCAAUGGGUCAGACUGGUACAGAUGUUUGCAAAGAGGCAGCAGACAUGAUCCUGGUGGAUGAUGAUUUCCAAACCAUCAUGUCUGCAAUUGAGGAGGGUAAAGGGAUUUAUAAUAACAUUAAAAAUUUUGUUAGAUUCCAGCUGAGCACGAGUAUAGCAGCAUUAACUUUAAUCUCACUGGCUACAUUAAUGAACUUUCCCAAUCCUCUCAAUGCCAUGCAGAUUUUGUGGAUCAAUAUUAUUAUGGAUGGACCUCCAGCUCAGAGCCUUGGAGUAGAACCAGUGGAUAAAGAUGUCAUUCGUAAACCUCCACGCAACUGGAAGGACAGCAUUUUGACCAAAAACCUGAUACUUAAAAUACUUGUUUCCUCAAUAAUCAUUGUUUGUGGGACUUUGUUUGUCUUCUGGCGGGAGCUGCGAGACAAUGUGAUAACACCUCGGGAUACAACAAUGACCUUCACAUGCUUUGUGUUUUUUGACAUGUUCAAUGCACUAAGUUCCAGAUCCCAGACCAAAUCUGUGUUUGAGAUUGGACUCUGCAGUAAUAAGAUGUUUUGCUAUGCAGUUCUUGGAUCCAUCAUGGGACAGUUAUUAGUUAUUUACUUUCCUCCACUUCAGAAAGUUUUUCAGACCGAGAGCCUAAGUAUACUGGAUUUGCUGUUUCUUCUGGGUCUCACCUCGUCAGUGUGCAUAGUGGCAGAAAUUAUCAAGAAGGUUGAAAGGAGCAGGGAGAAGAUCCAGAAGCCUGUUAGCUCAACAUCGUCGUCUUUUCUUGAAGUAUGAUGCAUAUUGCAUUCUUUUAUUUGCAAACUAGGAAUUGCAGUCUGAGGAUCAUUUAGAAGGGCAAGUUCAAGAGGAUAAUGAAGAUUUGAGAACUUCUGAACUUUUUUUUUUUUUUUUUUUUGUGGUACAUGGGCCUCUCACUGCUGUGGCCUCUCCCGUUGUGGAGCACAGGCUCUGGACAUGCAGGCUCAGCGGCCAUGGCUCAUGGGCCUAGCUGCUCCGCGGCAUGUGGGAUCCUCCUGGACCGGGGCACGAACCCGUGUCCCCUGCAUCGGCAGGCAGACUCUCAACCACUGCGCCACCAGGGAAGCCCUGAACUUUUUAUUGACUAAAAAUGAGUGUUGAAGACUUGAUUUGAGACUUUAGCCUGCUGACAGUCCCAAAUGAAAUUAUGCAACUUUGAUAACAUAUUCCUUGAUUUAAAUUGGCCUUUGCGAUUGAGUGGAACUUCGUAAAGUGUAUGGGCAGUUAUUUAAUUUAAAAAACAAGCAAAACCUGAACCACCUUCUGCACUUAAAGAGGUCUAACAGUUCAAAUACAAAAAUCUAUCUUAGAUAAAUAUGAUUUUUUUUUUAAUUUUUAAAUAUUGUACUAUUUAUGGUGGUGGGGCUUUCUUACUAAUACACAAAUAAAUUUAAUCAUUUCAAAGGCAUUCUGUUUGGUUUAGAAGUUGAUUCCUAGGAGUGCCAUAUUUCAGCUACUGUAUUUCCUUUUCCUGCAGUGUAAUCAGCUCAGCUACCUUGUGUUACCAUUUUUGUAUCUCAAGUUUUUUGCAGAGGAUGUGACCACUGUCAGAUCACUGUUCUUUUCUUUCUUUUUGUGAUUGAAAAGCUUAUACUGCAAUUUGAAGUAAAUGUUUGCUUUUCUUAGUAAGUGUAAAUGGUUGCCUUUUCUUUUUCUUCUUCUUUUGGUUUUUGUUAUGAGUCUUUGGUCUAGCACAGUUAAUACAGGGCUGUGGAGUGGCAUUCUAGGUAGGGUAGCCAUGUCUGUAAUUAACACUUAGUCAUGGAGUCAAAAAAAUUUAAGACUGGUUGGGCUGAUAUUUAUAGCAGAUUAUGUUAAUGUGUUAUGCCUUCUUUUAGAGUUAAAUAUCAAUACAUACUUUGUCAAGUAUCACCUUGACAAGGUCAUCAAAGUCAUCUCCUAAAUAUAAAUCUAAGUACCUCACCUGAAUAUCUGAAUUUUAUUACUUUUUAAUGUCUUUUUAUGUGUACUUAAAAUCUUUCUUAUGAAGUAUAGAGUGGUAAACUUAAAGAAUAAAAAAGCCCCAAACCUAAACAGAUGGUUUAUGAAGCAGAGUAUAAGUGGAAGAUUCUGUGCUGACCUUUACUCUUUGUGUAUCUGCAGCUUUGGGGCCUAGGUUGCAGCACAGCCUGGAGCCUGCCCCUCUCCUGCUUCCACCGUUGUCCUCUGCCUUGUUCUGCGCUUCACUGGGUGUGCUAGAGAAAUAGAUAGAUUUGCUCUUGGAAUGCCAUCAGUUUUUGUAAUAGCUGGAUGAGGUAGAGGUAAUUUGUUUUGAGUGUGUGGCAAAUUUGGGCCAGAAAUUCAAAAUUAGGAAUACACUUUCCUGUUGAAUAUUUUUCUCUGAAACAGAAACGGGUCUCAAAUUCUUACAUGUUUAAUUCUUCCUGAAGUUACUGAAUUUUGCAUUUUAGAAUUAAUUUUUUAAACUGUCAGGAUAAAUCACUCUCUAGUUUUUAUCACCAAUAUUAAACUGCACUGUUAGCACUGCAGUACUGUUGUUAACGAUAGGAAAGAUACCUAUUCUUUGAGUCUUGUUACUGAAACAGUUUAAUAUAAGGACCUGAGAUAUCUGCAGUUUAUUCUGCUUUACUCUUUAAGGCUAGAUAGUCAAAUGUACUUGGAAACCAUUGUCUAAUCAACUUUAUCUUUAAUGAUGGUGAUGUAUCAUAUCUAAGUUUUGUAAUGAGUUUUCUUCUCCGUUACAAGGACUUGAAAUAUGAAGUGCACGUCAAUCUUUUGCUUUGCAUUUUAGGUUCAGAGUAUGACUCAUAUGAAAUAAAUGUGCCUAUCUUAUUCAGAUUUUAAACCUUCCCCCAGAAUUAUUUAUUUUCAUAAGUUAAUGUUCUUCCAGUUGGGACUGUUAACAUUAAAUUCAUAUGGAUGUUGAAGAUAUAGAAAUUGGGCAGUACUCACAGUAUACUACAUCUGUAUAACAGAUUUCCCAUAGUAAAACAACAAAUUAGGGUCUGUGUGUGUAUUUUACAUAGCAUAUUAUCAGAAUUAGCAUGGAUAAUUCAAAUGCACUAGUAUCUAAAUUUAAAAUUUU